GUUUGUCUUAUCGGUGGCAGAAAGUUUUAAAUUUAACUAAACAAAAAAUUGGGAACGUAAAAGAGUUCAAGGCAAAGAGACUAGAUUUAAGUAUUUUUUGAGUGACUUUUUCUCUGCCUGAAAUUCAGAGGAAUAUCUAUCAAAUUCAUAUAAGUAACCAAAUAAAACUUUACAGUACAGUAGUGUCCAUUGUCCAAAAUGGAAACAAAUGAUGUUAAAACAUUUCAUCAAUGUGUUGUUUGUGAUGAGAUUUUUGAACAACAUGAUGAUUUAGAACAACACAAUAAAAUACAUGUUAAAGAAGAAAAAAAAAAACUGGACAAAAACGUAGUAUUUCAUCAGUGUUACAUUUGUAAUUUGUGUGAUGAAAUAUUUAAAUCAAAUGCUGAUUUACAGAAACAUUGUGAAGUACAUGUUAAGAAAGAGAAAACUGAUGAUGUUGAUGAAUAUUGUCAUGUUAAAGAAGAGAAAACUGAAGAUAUUGAACUAGUUUAUCAGUGUAAUUUAUGCGAAGAGAAAUUUAAAUUCGACACUGAUUUAGAGAGUCAUUGUAAGAUACAUGAUUCAGAAGCUUGUGAUGGUAGUGAUGUAGCUGACAGUAAGGAUAGUGAUAUAGGCCUACAAUCAGCUGACAGUCAGGCUAUUGAUGUAGGCCUACAAUCAACUGAAAGUGAAAGUACAAAGAUAUGUAUUUGUGUAUUUUGUGGUAAAACCUUUGAUUCCUAUAAUCAUCUACAAAGACACAUCCAGAAUCACAUCGGGGACAAACCAUAUAAAUGCGAUUUUUGUAAUAAAUCAUUUUCCUUAAAUUCAAGUCGAAACCAGCACCAGAAAAUUCAUCAGGGAGAAAAGGCAUUUGAAUGUGAUGUUUGUGGUAAAUCAUUUAUACAGAAUUGUAAUCUUCAAAGACAUAUGAGAAUUCAUACCGGUGAAAAACCUUAUAAAUUUGAUGUUUGUGAUAAAUCAUUCAAUGUGGGUACGUGUCUACAAAGCCACAUGAGAAUUCAUACGGGAUUAAAACCUUUCCAAUGUGAUUUUUGUAAUAAAUGUUUCACGGAGAAAGGAACGCUUCGAUCACAUCUAAGAAUUCAUACGGGUGAAAAACGUUAUCAAUGUGAUGUUUGUAGUAAAUCAUUUAAUCAUGUUGGUAAUCUAACUAAACACAAGGUAAUCCAUUCUCGUCUCAUUAAAUGUGAUGUUUGUAGUAAAUCGUUUACCUUGGAGAGUCAGUUAACGGCACACAUGUGGCAUCAUACAGGCGUGCAACCAUUUAAAUGCGAUAAAUGUGGAAUGAGAUUUGCUAAGAACAGCGAUAAAUUGCGACACGAUAAAACACAUAUGGGACAAAAACCCUACAAAUGUGAUGUAUGUGGUAAGUCAUUCACUCGACAGUCGUACCUGUUACAACACAAUCGGAGUCACACGGGGGAGAAACCAUUUAAAUGCAAGUUCUGUGGCGAGUCCUUCACGUAUCCUCCUAGUCUUAAAGUUCACAUGAUCAAGCACACCGGACUCAAACCCUAUCAAUGUGAAGUUUGCGAGAAGGAGUUCAAUAGGAAAUGUGAUCUUGUACGCCAUGCCCGGACUCACAGCGAAGACAAACCGUAUGAAUGUGAGGUAUGCAAUGCUACGUUUAUAAGAAAAGAUAGCUUGGAUAUCCACGUGAGUCGUCAUAGUGGGGAAAAACCCUAUCAGUGUAAUGUUUGUAGGAAAUCCUUUAGUCAUAAAGUCCAUCUCAACAGACAUGUGAAAAUUCAUACCGUAGACAUUCCUGCUAAUUGUGACAGAUGUAGAAAAUCGUUUAAAAAUAAUUUUUAUCUACAAAAACACAUCAAAAUUUUUCAUAAAUAGACUGUAAUACCCACCAUUCUAUCCCCCCCCCCCCAUUUAUUUCCUUCUUUCAGGGAGUUAGAUGGUCUAGCGGUUAAACUUGUGAAAUCCCAAGGUCUGUGAUCGAGUCAAGUGGCGUGGUUUUGAUUCCCCGCUUGUACAUGUAUGUGAGAAGGAGUAGUGUCGUCAGUCCAACCUCGUGGAUUUUCUCCGGUUUCCCCCCACUGCUAAAUACCCCUAUGAUCAAAUUAAACCAUAUGUUAACCCCGAAAUGACCUAGUUUGUGUCAAGUGGACAUUAAGCUCAUUCUCCCUCGAUGACCAAUCUCCUUUGUACUAUGCUCCUCGUUCGUCCUGUUUUCGUGGGCUGAAAAAAAAAAUAAUAAUUUUUUUUAUCUUAGUUGUACAUGUAGGUUUUAUUGUCCCCCACCUAAAGAAAGCAGGGGACUAUUAAAAUGGGGCCUCGGCAGUCCAACUGUCUGUCUGUCCGUCACUCCUUUUGGGACACUUUAUAACUCUCCUUCAAAUUGAGCUGAAAAGUUCAAACUUGGUGUAGGUGUUUAUUAGGUGAAUGCCUUUAUGGAGUUCGAAGAUGAGCAUUUUUGGCUUAGGGUAAGCAGAGAUACGCAAUUUGAUUGGUUGAUGCUUUGGGACACAAUAACUUCAGUUCUAACUAAUUAAGUGAGUGAUGAAACUUGGUGUAUACUUUCUUUACAUCAAUACCGUGACUAACUUCGAUAAUGAGCAUUUUCACUUAGGCUAAGUAGCGAUAAGCAAUUUGAUUGGUCAAGACUUUGGUACACAACACUCUGCUUUUAAUUUGAACUUGAUGAAGAUGUUCAUAAGUUGAACGCCUUGACUGAGUUCAAUGAUUAGAGAGAGAAAUGGGGUUUAACGUCAACUCGACACAAACUAGGUCAUUUCGGGACUAACUUAUGGUUUAAUUUUAUUUCAAUAAUUCGCUUGCACGUAGGGGUCUUUAGCAGUGGGAGGAAACUGGAGGACCCGGAGAAAACCCACGAGGUUGGACAGGCGACCCUACCCCUUGUCACGUACAACCGGGGAUUUGAAACCAUGCCAGUUGACUCAAUGACAGACUUAAUGAUACAGCGCGCACAUGCUAACCACUAAGCCAUCCAACCCCCCUUCAAACAUAAGAAAAAGACUCACUAUAAAGCGAGGACGAUUGGGUUCAAUGUGUGGUAUAAGGCAAUGAUUUUCUCAAUGACAACCCCACUCCCCCCACCCCCGAGUUCAGAAUGUUCAGAAUUUGACUAAGCCAGUUUCAUACCGAUGGUCUAAAUCUCGGUUAGGUAUUCCAUUCACAGACCCCCCAAAUACUUCACUCUAUCAUUUUCACUCAAAUCAGUCUAUCUGACACGACACAAUAUUAAAUGUUUCCGGGAAAAUUCGAAACUAGCUGUCUGAUGUACAAGACACUUUCCGGGAAAAUUUAGGACAUUUUUCAAAGAUGGCGACAAAACAGAAGUUAUCUACUCGCACACAUGAACAAAAGCUUGAAAUGUGCCUUUGAAUCAAUUAUUAUCCAGCUCUUGCAGUCUGUUUUUAAUCGGGCUAAGAUUGAAUUUCGGUCUUCGGCUAACUUGUCCAGUCCGUUUAUACCUGACUUAUGUGAAGUUUACUGUAAUUCCUUACAUUUACACAACAAGGAUAUCAAUAUUGUAAAUUGAUGUUUGUUAGGCUAUGUUCAUAUGUGCAAAAAAUG